AGGGCUGCCGCACAUGCGCCUUGAGGGAAGAUGGCACCUGCCGGCUGCUGCUGCUGCUGCUGCUGCUGUUGCGGCUGGGGAGGCGCUGUGGCCGCCGCGGGCGCCGCCCGGCGCGUCCUGGUGCUGCUGCUGCUGGGGAUCCUGCCCGCCGGGCCGUGCCCGGUCGCCUUGGCCACCGAGCAUUAUACGCCGCUAUCUCUGCUCAAACAGGAGCUGCAGCACCGGCAGCAGCAGGAGGCCCCGGCGGGCGGCGGCUGCAGCCCGCUGUCUGGGGACUGGGGGGACCAGUACUCUGCCGAGUGCGGCGAGUCCUCCUUCCUGAACUUCCAUGACUCAGACUGCGAGCCCCGAGGACCGCUGCCCUGCGACUCCCUGCUUUCCCUCAACACUGACAAGAUCCUGAGCCAGGCCAAGUCUGUUGCAGAACAGAAGAGAUUCCCAUUUGCUACUGAUAAUGACAGCACAAAUGAGGAGCUAGCUAUUGCUUAUGUGUUGAUUGGCAGUGGUCUCUAUGAUGAAGCAAUAAGACAUUUCUCAACAAUGCUUCAGGAGGAGCCUGAUCUGGUUAGUGCAAUUUAUGGCCGAGGGAUAGCCUAUGGAAAGAAGGGCCUACAUGACAUUAAGAAUGCGGAACUUGCUCUGUUUGAGCUGAGCCGAGUAAUUACCUUGGAACCAGAUCGCCCAGAGGUAUUUGAGCAGCGAGCAGAAAUUCUGUCCCCUCUGGGACGAAUUAAUGAAGCAGUGAAUGAUCUUACUAAAGCUAUUCAGCUUCAGCCCUCUGCACGGUUGUACAGACAUCGGGGGACCCUGUACUUCAUAUCAGAGGAUUAUGCAACAGCCCACGAAGACUUUCAGCAGUCCUUAGAACUGAACAAACACCAGCCUAUAGCCAUGCUAUACAAAGGGUUAACUUUCUUUCACAGAGGACUUCUGAAGGAAGCUAUUGAAUCCUUCAAAGAAGCUUUGAAGCAGAAAGUUGAUUUUAUUGAUGCGUAUAAAAGUCUGGGGCAGGCCUAUCGAGAACUGGGCAAUUUUGAAGCAGCCACGGAGAGCUUUCAGAAGGCCCUGCUGCUCAACCAGAACCACGUGCAGACCCUCCAGCUCCGGGGCACCAUGCUCUACCACCACGGCAGCUUGCAGGAGGCCCUCAAGCACUUCAAGCGGUGUCUGCAGCUGGAGCCAUAUAACGAGGUGUGCCAGUACAUGAAAGGACUCAGCCACGUUGCAAUGGGACAGUUUUAUGAAGGGAUAAAGGCACAAACUAAAGUUAUGCUCAAUGAUCCUCUACCCGGCCAGAAGGCCAGCCCAGAGUAUCUUAAAGUGAAAUAUCUCCGAGAGUAUUCUCGGUACCUUCAUGCACACCUUGAUACGCCCCUUACGGAAUAUAACAUCGAUGUGGACCUGCCUGGAAGCUUCAAAGACCACUGGGCCAAAAACCUGCCUUUCCUCAUAGAAGACUACGAAGAGCAGCCAGGGCUGCAGCCCCACAUAAAAGACGUGUUACAUCAGAAUUUUGAGAGCUACAAGCCUGAGGUACAAGAGCUGAUUUGUGUGGCGGAUCGUUUGGGAUCACUGAUGCAAUACGAAACUCCUGGUUUCCUGCCAAACAAGAGAAUACACAGAGCCAUGGGCUUGGCAGCACUGGAGGUCAUGCAAGCUGUGCAGCGGACGUGGACCAGCUCGAAGGUGCGCAUGAAUGGGAAGACGCGGCUGAUGCAGUGGAGGGACAUGUUUGACAUCGCCGUGAAGUGGAGACGGAUUGCUGACCCAGACCAGCCAGUGCUAUGGUUAGAUCAGAUGCCAGCACGAAGUCUUAGCAGAGGUUUUAACAACCACAUCAAUUUAAUCAGGGGUCAGGUGAUUAACAUGAGAUACCUGGAAUAUUUUGAGAAAAUUCUUCAUUUUAUUAAAGAUAGAAUUCUUAUUUAUCAUGGAGCUAAUAAUCCUAAAGGCUUGUUGGAAGUUAGAGAAGCUCUGGAAAAGGUACACAAAGUAGAAGACCUUCUUCCAAUCAUGAAGCAGUUUAAUACUAAAACGAAGGAUGGGUUCACUGUGAAUACCAAAGUCCCCAGCCUCAAAGACCAAGGGAAGGAAUACGAUGGAUUCACAAUCACAAUCACAGGAGACAAGAUUGGCAAUAUACUGUUUUCUGUGGAAACUCAAACCACAGAAGAAAGAACACAGUUGUAUCACGCUGAAAUAGAUGCACUUUAUAAAGAUCUAACAGCAAAAGGAAAAGUUCUCAUUCUUUCCUCAGAGUUUGGGGAGGCUGAUGCUGUUUGCAACUUAAUCUUAUCCUUAGUUUAUUACUUUUAUAAUUUAAUGCCACUCUCUCGAGGAUCCAGUGUGAUCGCGUACUCGGUGAUCGUGGGUGCGCUCAUGGCAAGUGGCAAAGAAGUGGCCGGGAGAAUCCCCAAGGGGAAGUUGGUUGACUUUGAAGCCAUGACAGCCCCUGGUUCAGAGGCCUUCAGCAAAGUAGCCAAAAGCUGGAUGAACUUGAAAAGUAUUUCACCUUCUUAUAAGACUCUUCCAUCAGUAUCGGAGACGUUCCCAACGUUGAGGGCAAUGAUCGAGGUGCUAGACACGGACUCCUCUCCACGCUGUCUUAAGAAACUCUAGUCGUGCUGUGGUAUUUAUACAAGUAAAGGGCCGGACCUCUUGCUUCUUAAGUUAUUUUUUAAAAUAUGGAAUUAUAAAGAAAUUAGGUCCUUUAUUACUUUUGAUACCAAUUUUUGAUAGGAAUUGAAUACUUGAAAUCAUUUUCUUUACUUUCUGAACCAUAACAGAAAUCAUGAAACAGGAAUUUUGGGAGGGAAAAGGCUAUAAUGUCUGGGAGGGAAGGUGUAUGUUUCCGCCAGUGGCCAGUUGGUUUCCACUUACAAAGUCAUACAGCUCCUUCCUUACAGCAAAAAAAGUUUACUUCAGAAACCAAAAAUUAAUAAUUAAAAGGAACAAAACCAACAACAGAACAAGAGUAUUUUCAUUCUUUUAAAGAUCUGCAUUUUUUUCCAAGACUUUCUUUUUGCCACGUUGUGAUGGGCGUCUCGUCUCCAACUCGCACGCUCUCAGGUGUGGGCGCUCGCUCCCCGGACUCGGGUGGUCGGGCCCCACGCGUGCAUGGCUCUCACUCACGGCCAGGAGCACUUCUGAUGGUGCACACGGCAUUUGCCAGUGACCCACACACUGAACUACUGAACCAUGUUUUUUUUCCCCUCUUUGUUGGAAAAAAUAAACGGGUGAUUUCUCUAAAUCACUGGUUUUUGACACUG